ACCGGGGGAAAGAACUGGAGACCAAAAGACCGAAGAAACAGAAUCUCUGUGUUUUAUCAUCUCCACGAGAGCUAUUUAGGAAACGAACUGCUGGUGGGAUAGGGUCGAGUCGUCUUUCGGGGUGCUGCUGAGACUUGUGGGGUGCUGGGUGUGGGUCUACAAUGCAGGGGCAGUUGUCGUUGAGUCUGCCCGGCAGGAGCCAAGCUCCGGCAGCAGGUGUGCCGUCCCGCUCCCUGCUGGAGGUGGCUCGGACAGUUCCCACCUGCAGCCUGAGCCGCUGAGCCGCGUGGUGCUGAAAUGGACAGCUCCUCGGUGGCUUUGCCCCUGAAUGGCUCCGGGAGCCAGGAGAAGGCCGCUGGGGACCAGCUCUCCGGGCGCUUCUCCACCAUGUGGACCAUCGUCCUGGCCGUCCUCAUGGCUUUGUUGAUCGUGGCUACGGUCGUUGGCAAUGCCUUGGUGAUGCUGGCUUUUGUGGUGGACUCCAGUCUGAGGACGCAAAACAAUUACUUCCUUCUGAACCUGGCCAUCUCCGAUUUCCUAGUAGGUGCCUUUUGCAUUCCACUUUACGUGCCCUACGUGCUAACUGGCAGGUGGACUUUCGGAAGAAGCUUUUGCAAGCUCUGGCUGGUGGUUGAUUAUCUGCUGUGCACCACGUCGGUCUUCAACAUUGUGCUGAUUAGCUAUGACAGAUUCCUCUCGGUAACAAGAGCGGUGUCCUACAGAGCUCAGCAAGGGGACACCAAGCAAGCCGUGUUCAAGAUGGCGAUGGUGUGGGUCUUAGCCUUCCUGCUCUAUGGACCUGCAAUUAUUAGCUGGGAGUACAUAUCCGGCCGAAGCAUCAUACCCGACGGGGAAUGCUAUGCUGAGUUUUUCUACAACUGGUAUUUCCUCAUCACGGCCUCCACGAUCGAGUUUUUCACCCCAUUCAUCAGUGUCGCCUUUUUCAACUUGAGCAUUUACCUGAACAUCCAGAGGCGCACCAAAGCCCGCUUGGAUGUGGUGCAUGAGGCUCAGAACCAGAACUUUGUGGAGGAGAUCGAAAUGAGCCCUGAAGCCAAGCUCUCCAUGAAAUGCUGCAAGUGGGAGCAGAGAGACCUGGCGGAAACUCUGGGUGUCCCAAAAUGGGACGCCCAAGAAGAAAGCAGCAAAGAGAGUACGAAUGUCAAGAAUUCGAGCAUAGAGAGCUCUGGGUUUACCGGCAGCAAAGCAAAGCUUUUCAUCAAAAAGAACUACAAACACUCAGCAUCUACUCUUUCUCUAGAGAAACGGAUGAAGGUGGCUUCCCAGAACAUGAGCCAGCGUUUUAGGCUCACCAGAGACAAGAAAGUAGCCAAGUCUCUGGCCGUUAUAGUGGGGAUUUUUGGACUCUGCUGGGCACCGUACACUCUUCUCAUGAUUAUCCGAGCUGCGUGUCACGGUCACUGUGUCCCCGAGUACUGGUAUGAGACCUCCUUCUGGCUUCUGUGGGUCAAUUCUGCCAUCAACCCUGUCCUUUACCCCCUCUGCCACCACAGCUUCCGGAGAGCUUUUGUUAAACUCUUGUGCCCCAAGAAACUCAAGAUCCAGCCUCACAGUUCCCUCCAGAAAUGCUGGAAGUAACCAGUUUCAAUCCAUUGUAGGCUAGAAAGGAUACUUUCUGCCAUAUUGCUCUGCAGGAGUUUGCUUCUUUUGAG